GCGUUCAUGAAACCAAUUUCAUCUCUCGCUGUUCAUUUCGAAUAAACCAAAACAAUUGUUAUCAGCUCAGUACUGAAGAUAGAACCGGAUUUUCACUGAAACCAAUUGGAAAAGUUAUUCACAAUGUCCAUUAACCUGGAUAUUAGGCUCAGAAAGGCGAAUAAAAUAUACUAUGAAGGGGAAACCAUCAGUGGGGUGAUCCAAAUUGCGUGCAGUUCCGAAAUCAAGCAUGAUGGAGUAGUCCUAUCACUUGAAGGAUUAGUCAAUCUAACCAUCAGCAACAAAAAUGUGGGCAUUUUCGAGGCUCUGUACAACUCGGUGAAGCCAAUCACCCUCCUCAAUCAGCAGGUCGAUUUGACUCCAUCGGGUAAAUUGCCUGCUGGAAUGACACAAAUCCCUUUCGAACUGCCGCUAAUUUGUGCCAAGGAACCAAAAGUGCUGUACGAAACGUAUCACGGUGUGUUCGUCAACAUUACCUACAUGCUGAAAUGUGAAGUCAAGCGCAGCUUUCUGGCCAAAAGCGUCGUAAAAACGCAACAAUUCAUUAUCCAGUACUGCCCAAGUUCUCCGCCGGAAAAGAAAACCGAGGUAAGCUUCUCCAUCAGCCCGGAGACCUUACAGAAAACGGCGAAGGAGAGAAUCUCGAUUCCGCGGUUCCUGAUUACUGGCGUGCUGGAUUCGACCGAGUCUUGCCUGACGCAACCAUUCACCGGAUGUCUGACGGUGCAUCACACCGAGGUACCGAUAAAAUCGAUCGAGAUUCAGCUGGUUCGGGUGGAGACUUGUGGAUGUGCCGAGGGGUACGCUCGGGAUGCGACUGAGAUUCAGAACAUUCAGAUUGCCGAUGGGAACGUCUGUCCCAAGAUAGCCAUUCCGAUUUACAUGACGUUUCCGAGGCUGUUUACGUGUCCAACAUUGAUAACGAAGAAUUUCAAAGUUGAAUUUGAGGUCAAUCUUGUGGUAAUUUUCGGUGAUGACUAUUUGGUGACGGAAAAUUUUCAGAUACUGUUGAACAGAACUGCCUAGUAUGACAUAAGCUAUUUUAAAUAAAAAUUUAAAAUAUA